AUGGGUGUAAUACGCAAGAAGACCGCCUCGCGCGGCACCGAGGCUGGCACCAAGUUCCACUGCGACGUGUGUUCGGUUGAUGUCACAUCUACUGUUCGAAUCUCCUGCGCCCAUCCCUCCUGUCCUGAAUACGACCUCUGCGUUCCUUGUUUCGCCAGUGGGGAAAGCUCCAAGAAUCACGAUCCGCAAACCCAUCCCUUCCAAGUCAUCGAACAAAACUCCGUCCCGAUUUUUAAGAGCGACUGGGGUGCCGAUGAGGAACUACUCUUGCUCGAGGGAGCCGAGAUUUAUGGUCUUGGCUCCUGGGCCGAUAUCGCCGACCACAUUGGUGGUUACCGCUCCAAGGAUGAAGUGCGCGACCAUUACAUCGAUACAUAUAUAUACAGCUCCAAUUUUCCCCUUCCCGAUCACGCCGACCCAGAUGAUCAUAGCCUUCAAGAAGAAAUCUCGAAGGAAGAGUUCCAAAUGCGCAAGAAGCGACGAAUUGAAGAACGCAAGGAAGCUGCCAAGGCAGCUCCGCCCACAACACCCAAGCAGAAGCCUACUGCCAGUGUACCGGCAUGUCACGAAGUGCAGGGCUACAUGCCGGGUCGACUGGAAUUCGAGACCGAGUUCCUCAACGAUGCUGAAGAAGCCGUCCAGCAUAUGGCGUUCGAGCCCGGGGCGGGCAUCGGUAGCAACGGCGAAAUGGAUGCAGAAGCAGAACUCAAGAUGACUGUGGUGGAUAUUUACAACUCUCGACUCACAGCGCGUACUGAGCGCAAGAAGAUUCUUUUCGAACACAAUUUGUUAGAUUAUCGAAAGAACACUGCGCUCGAGAAAAAGCGCUCCAAAGAAGAGCGAGAACUCCUUAAUAAAGCGAAACCUCUCGCACGAAUGAUGAGUCGCAAUGACUUCGAAGAACUGAACAAGGGUCUCGAAUACGAGCACAAUCUUCGCCUAGCCAUCUCACAACUCCAGGAGUGGCGACAAAUGGGCAUUGGCGACUUGAAAACAGGCGAAAAAUACGAGCAAGACAAGCAGUCGCGUGUGCAGCGCAUGUUGCCUCAAGGCUCGUUUGAUCGGUUCGCCAGCGCUCGUCCCAACAAAGCCCAGAUUCCCGAAACCUCUGCCGCAGCUGCCCAACUUACGACACCUGAGCUGCCCCUGCGGUUCCAGAAAGCUUCCACAAAUCCCCACCAGAAUGACUCAGAGCCAUUGAACGAUUUCGAUCGUGCUUUCGCUACUGAUGGCGACCCGGCACCCUCGCAAUCUAGCAAGACGAAGUACGUCGUGCAGCCGCUGAGCGGAGUACCACCCUGGAAGCUGGACACCGAGGGUGCUGCUGAUCUCCAUCUCUUGACACAGGAGGAGGUGGAGGUGUGCAACGUGUUGCGCAUAAUGCCGAAGCCAUAUCUCGUGGUGAAGGAAACUUUGUUGAAAGAGGCAAUGAAGCAGGGCGGCACUCUGAAAAAGAAGGAUGCUCGAGCGAUCUGCAAGAUCGAGGGCACCAAAACCAGCCGCAUUUAUGAUUUUAUGGUGCACAGUGGGUGGAUCAGCAAAGGCUAG